CUAGGUGUCUAGCAACAGCUAUCAGCCCAGACAGCCGGCGGCAACGGGAGCGGUAUUUCUCGGUGUGUCUUUCCACGAUUAUUCGCUGCCGGGUUUUCAUAAUUAAUAGUCGCUUGGCUGUAAAUAGUGGAAAAAACAACCCUGACCCCUGCACAGAGAUAUGAGCGGCAGCGGGCGGCCCAGGACCAGCUCGUUUGCUGAGCCGCCAGGUGUUCCAGGAACCGCCGCUGCGUCCACCGGAUCAGCCGCUGCCGUGGGGAGCAGCACAGGAAAGUCCGGGGUCCCGCAGGCCUCCGGCAGCAGCUCGUCGGGAUGCUCGAACCUGAAGCUUACUAGAGACAGCGGGAAGGUGACGACAGUUGUGGCCACACCAGGUCAGGGACCAGACCGCCCACAGGAAGUCUCUUACACUGACAUCAAGGUGAUCGGCAAUGGGUCAUUUGGUGUCGUGUACCAAGCUCGCCUCAUCGACAGCCAAGAGAUGGUGGCCAUUAAGAAGGUUCUGCAGGAUAAGAGGUUCAAGAAUCGGGAACUACAGAUCAUGAGGAAGCUUGACCACUGCAACAUUGUCAGACUACGUUACUUCUUCUACUCCAGUGGAGAGAAGAAAGAUGAAGUGUAUCUCAACCUGGUGCUGGACUUUGUCCCUGAGACCGUCUACAGGGUUGCCAGGCAUUUUAACAAGGCCAAGAGCAUCAUUCCUAUCAUAUAUGUGAAGGUGUACAUGUACCAGUUGUUUCGCAGUCUGGCUUAUAUCCAUUCCCAGGGCGUGUGUCACAGAGACAUCAAGCCUCAAAACCUGCUUGUCGACCCAGAAACUGCCAUCCUCAAGCUGUGUGACUUUGGCAGCGCCAAGCAACUGGUCCGCGGUGAACCCAAUGUAUCGUAUAUCUGCUCACGGUAUUAUCGUGCCCCCGAGCUCAUUUUCGGUGCCACAGACUACACGGCGAACAUUGACAUCUGGUCAGCAGGCUGCGUGCUGGCGGAGCUGCUGCUCGGACAGCCCAUCUUCCCCGGUGACAGUGGGGUGGACCAGCUCGUAGAGAUUAUCAAGGUGCUAGGAACCCCAACAAGGGAACAAAUCCGAGAAAUGAACCCAAACUACACAGAAUUCAAGUUCCCUCAGAUCAAAGCUCAUCCAUGGACCAAGGUGUUUAAACCUCGCACCCCUCCAGAAGCCAUCGCUCUUUGCUCACGGCUGCUGGAGUACACACCGGCCUCACGGUUCUCCCCACUAGAGGCCUGUUCGCACGCCUUCUUUGACGAGCUUCGACAGCCGAACACACGACUGCCCAGCGGCCGAGAACUGCCAAUGCUAUUUAACUUCAGCACCACAGAGCUGUCCAUCCAGCCCCAGCUGAACUCAACCCUCAUUCCUCCUCACGCUCGCUCACAUACAGCUGCUUCCGCCCACGAUGGUACCGGUUCAGAUUCAUCUCAACACAGUUCAGUACCAGGAUCUCUUAACAGCAUCUGAAGCAGCUUCUCACCUGCCUGCCUGCAAGCCUCUCUCUCUCUCUCUCUCUCUCUCUCUCUCUCUCUCUCUCUCUCUCUCUCUCUCAAACACUCACACUCACACACACACACACACACACACUACUGCUUUCCUCCAUGCUGCUUGCUCUCCUCUUAGAUGAUCUGUUUUGUACAGUAUACGCAUUGAACAAACUAAACAUUAGUUCUUUAGCUGCCAGGGUUGAAACUACGGCAGGUGAUUGUUAAAACACACACACACACGUACACACAGAGUCGUCUCGCUGCUGCUUGGGUGGUCAGUGAAGGUUCAAUAGUCGGGGCUGGUCCUCUGUAUUAUAACUUUUUCUUUUUUUUUAAAUCAACAUUUUUUCCUUCUUUAUAUUUGUGUUUAUUUAUUUGACUAAUUGAAAGCAUCGUGUGGUCACAAAACAUUUGGUCCCUAGGGUUUGGUUUUUUUCCAGAUUAUUUUUUUAUUCGUCAGUGUUUCUGCAUCCCUGUUAGUGCGGGGUGAACUGUACACUGCCUGACCAGAAGAUCAUGACUGGCCUCAAACUGGUCCAUCAGGGUAAAGGAUGUUUUAUUCAACUCAGGGCAGGAGAGAGUAUGCAGGGACUAAUAAUUUCCUUAAUCCUCCAGCCAUUUGUUUUGCCAAUCCAGCCUGAUGUUUAGGUUUAAAUUAAACCUCCACGUCUUGUUUAUUUACCCGCUUUGAUGGCGGGUGGAGUAGAAAACCUCAUCAGCACCAGGUAGCAGUUAUCAGUGUUUGGUUGGAGGUGUACUGGAUUGCCCCUUACCUGAAUCAUGCUCAGUGGCUGCAUUUAUACACAUCUCAUAUUCAUUUCUGUUUGUUCCCUGUUUUAGAGAGUUUUGUCCGGUAUAAGAGGGAAAUAUUCCUAUUAAAAAUCCUUUCUCCACAAUUCCACAGUCGUAGGUUAAAAUGGUUAAGCAUAAUCAUGGAUUAAGGCUCAUUUUAGCUUUUGUUUUUUUUUUACUUUCCACAUCCAGGAGGGCACAGCGAUUAACUUAUCGAAAAGACAAUUUUAGCCCAAGGAAAUAUUCCUCAACUCCUGCUCUUCUGCAUCAAUUCAAAACAUUGUUUAGAUCUGUAAAUGUCAAGUCGUAAAGAAAGUGUGAAUGUGCUACUCAGCAAAAGCAGAUCUAGAAAAUGAGCCUUUAGAAAUGAACAAAUUAGAAUCGUAUUAGUGCGACUAGUAGUUCGUUACUGGACGCUCACAGUGCACUGCUUGUUCUGUGUCCUGCCAACAAGUAGUUAGUUGUGUUCACCUGAAAAUCAGUUGAAAACCAGCAGUGCUCACUCAUUGCAGCAUUACAAAGUGGAGGAAGAAGCUAUUCAAAUAAACUAAAGAUUACGACAUCAACAUUUUUCUUAAAGAAAGGAAUUUAUUUGCAGAAAAAAACCAAAGUUACGCCCCAAAAGAAAAAGAAACCAGAAAGCUCACUGGUUUCAUUCAUGCUAAAAAAUGUCAGUGAGUGUAGUUUACUGUGAACGCCUGAGUUCAGAAAUGUCUUAAAAGGACAGUCCACCUCCAAAUCGAAAAAUACAUAUUUUUUCUCUGACUGCUAUUUAUCAGUCUAGAUUAUUUUGGUAUGAGUUGCUGAGUGUUG